UCAAUCCACAUUCAUUACAAAAUAAGCUGACUUAUUUGAGUGAAGUCUUUUACUUUUGAGCGACGCCGAUCAAUUCGGGAAAUCCAUCCAAAUUCACUAAUUUCUCUCUCUAGAAUCUUUGAUUCUGGGAAGAGAGAGAUGAAAGAAUCACACUCCAACACAAACUCAAACGCUCCCUCUACGAGUACAUAUUCAAACAACAAAUUAUCAGCACCUCUACUCGAAGAAAAGUCAUCAAUGGAAGAGCAGCCCUCCAAACCCUAUUGGCGAUUCUCUAAAAACGACUUCUUUCCCGAGCCCUCUUUCAAAUCUUUGUCAUCUUACAAGAAUGCCCUUGUGAACACGCCCCAUCGUCUCAAAGAUCGGUUCCUUGGGCGAUCUUCUGAUGAAAACGAGCUUCAUAAUCUUCGGAAAGAGAGUGAGAAUAGAAUGAAGAUGUGUUUGACUUGGUGGGAUUUGAUUUGGAUGGGCUUUGGAUCUGUUGUUGGCUCUGGGAUCUUCUCGAUUGCGGGCCAAGAAGCUCAUAAUCAUGCUGGCCCUUCUAUUGUUCUUGCGUAUGCUGCUUCUGGGCUGUCUGCACUUUUGUCAGUGUUUUGUUAUACCGAGUUUUCUGUUGAAAUUCCGGUGGCUGGGGGGUCUUUUUCGUUUUUAAGGAUUGAAUUGGGGGAUUUUGUUGCGUUUAUCGCGGCUGCGAAUAUCUUGUUGGAGGCAAUUGUGGGUGCUGCUGGACUUGGCAGGUCUUGGUCUUCUUACUUUGCUACUAUUUUUAGGCCUAGUGCUGAUGCUUUUCGUAUCAAAGUAGGGGGAUUGCCUAAUGGCUUUAAUUUGUUGGAUCCUAUUGCUGUGUUGAUUUUAGCUAUUGCUAAUGGUAUUGCAAUGUAUGGUACUAAAUUGACAUCUUCUUUGAAUUGGAUUAGUUCGAUUUUUAGUUCUGCUGUCAUUGUUUUUAUUACUGUUGUGGGGUUUGUGCAUGCUGAUGGCAACAAUUUGACACCCUUUUUCCCAUAUGGAGCUGAGGGUGUCUUUCAGGCUGCUGCCAUUGUGUAUUGGUCUUAUACCGGUUUUGAUAUGGUUGCUACAAUGGCGGAGGAGACGAAGAAUCCGUCUAGAGAUAUUCCGUUAGGGCUAGUUGGUUCGAUGUCUGUUAUUACUGUUGUUUAUUGUUUGAUGACAUUGGCACUUACUGCUAUGGUGAAUUAUACUGAAAUUGAUGUGAAUGCUGCUUAUUCGUUUGCGUUUGAGAAGAUAGGGAUGAAUUGGGCUAAAUAUUUGGUGAGUAUUGUGGCACUUAAGGGAAUGACUACGAGUUUGUUGGUUGGAUCAAUGGGGCAAGCACGAUACACCACUCAGAUUGCUAGAUCGCAUAUGAUUCCCCCUUGGUUUGCUCUUGUUCAUCCAAAAACUGGUACUCCUAUUUAUGCUACUCUUGCAGUGACGAUAAUUAGCUGCAUUGUUUCUUUCUUUUCAAGCUUGGAUGUUUUGUCAAGUGUGUUAUCAUUUACUACACUCUUUAUAUUCAUGCUAAUGGCGGUAGCAUUGCUUGUUAGAAGAUAUUACGUAAAGGGUGUGACUUCAAAGCAGGAUUUCAGAAUAUUUCUUUUGUGUAUGGUGGUGGUUAUUGGUUCGUCUAUUGGGGUCGCAGCCCUCUGGAAUGCAAAACAGAGAGGGUGGAUUGGGUAUACGGUAGCUGGUGUAUUCUGGUUUCUGGGUACAUUAGGUAUGCAAUUGCUUCCCAAGCAAAGGAUUCCUAAAAUUUGGGGAGUUCCUCUUGUUCCAUGGUUGCCGACAUUGUCAAUUGCAAUGAAUUUGUUUCUGAUAGGAUCUUUGGGAGCAGUUGCAUUCUACCGUUUCUUCAUAUGUAGUGCCGUUAUGAUGCUAUAUUAUCUCUUUGUUGGUGUUCAUGCGACAUACGACGUGGCUCAUGAAGAUAUACUGCCAGAGAUUGGAGAAGGAAAAGAAACAGCUGUCAAACCAGUAGUGUAAAUAUUUCAAAGAACUAGGAGUAAUUCAUGAAUUUUACGUUGCUAUAAUAUUCUUUGAAAUUGUCUCAGUUGCAAGAACAGUCUGAAUAUUUGUUUUCAAUGAGCAAAUUUCUAUUCCUGUUGCA